AUGAUGUCUUCUUUAUGGACAGAUGCAUUGAGCAACGAAAUCCCGGACAUCACUGACGCAGGCAUCGAAGCUUUUUUCAGCUGCUCAUCGAUCUCAGACGCAUCUUCGCCGACUCUAUCACCCAUCAUGGAUAGCUCAUCCGUUGAAAGCUCCGAGGACUCCGUAGCCGAAAGACGCCGCCAUGCCAUCUACUUCCAUAGGCCGCCUGUUUGGUGGUCCAACACAGACCCGAGCUCCUACCCAACAGCGUCUGGAGACUGCGAAGCGUGCCUGGUGAGCGAUCAGGGCAUAUGCAGUCAGUGUGAGUCUAGACUAUCAUACAGUCCCUUUGGCAGGCAAUCUGGUUCAUCCUCUUCGAUCUUCGAUCAAGAACAUAAAAUGUGCUGGGAAGUGCAAGCCGCGAAUGCAGACCUACUAGCAAGUUUUGACUCGUCCAUAUCGGAGUUGGAUCAGGGUGCUCCUUUGCUUGAAGACUGGAGGAAUCAGGAGUCAGGCAGAUGGUCAGAGUUGCUUUUGAACGAGAUGGGAACCAAGUCACCACCCUUCAGAACUUCUCCCAAAGCGCGUUUGCCUAAUAUACCGCCAUUGCAAAUCUCCUACCGCCAGGUUAAACCGGGAUUAUGUACGCGUUUGAAAUCCUAUAGGGAUAUACGUCUAGGCUUAGAAGAGAGGUGGGCGAUCCAAGAGGGCUCACUGGUGAUCUGCAUCGAUCCUUCAUAUACUCUGAUCGGCCACGAACAACCUCGACCAGAUGAAUUCCAAAUCGCCAAUGGCGACGUGUACAUCGUUUGUCGUCUUUAUGCCGAUUUGUGGGCCCUUUGUGCCAAAGCAUCUUUUAAUGCUUCCCCUGAAAACUGUGCUGAUUCGGCCGUGGCUGCAACACCCUCCCUGUCUUUUGGCUUCAUCCCCCUCUGUGCCGUGACCUUAGCAGCAAAUUUUAGUGCUUUCGUCGGGCGAGGUGCUAGAUACUCCGACUAUGCUUCAAGCGAGCCGAGAUACCCCGGGAAUGGCUUGCCCGUUCUGCCUCCUGCGCGAUCGCAUAGUCUCAACGGCAGUAAGCAGGUUUUCCACGGCGAGAGACCCCAAUUUCCUUUGCCGAUAAUGGCCUUGACUACUUUGAAAAGCUCGGCCCUGGAGGACGAUACGGACUUUAUACCUCUCGACUCUACGCUGGAACUGAUACUUUCGAAGUUGGUGGAUCGCAGAGGUCGAUCAGGAGGGCUGAGAGACCGUGUGGCAAUUCCGAACGUCUGGAGCAACAUCAAAGCCUCGGCGAUCUGGAAGUCCCACCAUAAAAGGAAGUGGCACUCCUGGCCUCGCAGCACAGGCCCGAACUCUCGAGAGUCCAAAGAUAGUUAUCAACGGGUGCGCAAGGAAAUACGGUCGACCUCCCCAAGCGAACGGCUGAAAUAUUUGCUUGGACUGUGA